AUCUCAGGAUUAUGACGUAGAAGUAAAUAACGCACUCGCGCGAUCUUUGAUUUCUGCAUCGUUUUCUCGACAGAACAAUAGAUCCGUUUGAAAAAUGUCCGAUUUGAUACACGGCGAUGUCCGCGAGAAUAAGGAAACCGAUGUCGAUGCGGUGAUGGAGAUUUAUUCUGAGCUUUCGGAAAUACACGAAGAAGAUGAUCAUGAAAGGUCCAACAACGCAGCUGUGGGGACAAUGACAAUGGCAGAGAAACAUGUCGAACUCGUCCAAAAUUCAGCAAGGAUCAGCGGUAAGGAUCCGGUAGCGAUGAAUGCCGCGGACACCGCCGGUUCUCUGCGUGCAGACGAAUACUGCACGACCGGAUUACAUGGCGAGGUAAAUUUGGGGUUUAAAGUUGAGAGCGAUGAAGAUGAUGACUUUCAUUUUACGCAGCUUGUUCGGUCUAGAAGCGAUGAUCUGCUGGAGAUUCAACGUCUGAAUAUGACGAGAGAGAUCGUUGAAAAUCUCGAGGAUUCGCCGUCGGCAGUGAGUGAGGUAAACGCACGGGACUUCGUAGGAAUCCAGCAACCGACCUCGCAAGAGCAGUUCAAAUUGGAGGGCAGCUCGUGCACGGACUCUCCGGGGUUGGCGAGCCAGGAGGGCGGGGCCUACGAAACAGGCACCGAGGAUGAUGAGGAUUACUACAUCGAAACAGACGGCGACGUUCGAAUAGCGCUGAUUGAGGAGGAAUACGUUGACAGAAUGACCUUGCUAGAGAGUCGUAACUACGAUCUGGAAGUGGUUCUACAUCGUCUGACGACCGCCAUAGAACGGCUCCUGAGUUUGCAGGAUGCAGAUAUGCCGAACGGGGAAACGGAUGAGGUCCCUGGGUCAGAAAUGAGAACUGAGGUGGAAGCCGACGAAUUCAAUGAGGAGUCAAACCCGGAAAUGGGGGAUAUUGAUUCCAGAAAAGCUGAAAUCCAAGAGGCCGCUAACGAUUCCGAAAAAAUCGAAAGCGCAACUGGAGAUACAACGGACAUUGGACAUAAUACUGCAAAGGACAGCGACGCGUUGACUGACUGUAAUGACACAACUGAUGCUCCUGAAAAUGCAUCGAACCCUCACAAAGAUACUGCGGGGCCUACCGAAGAUACUAUAGAUGGUGAAAUGACAACUGUAAAGACGGAGGCUUUGAUUGACAGCACUGCUCACGUCGUAUCGAGGAACAUCUGUAUUGAUCUCUUCAUCGAGUUUCAGAAGAGACUUGCCAUGUUCGCAGGGGAACUUAAAGGGGUACUGACUUGUAGCGAUGUUGCAAUUCGUCACGCGCGUAUAUUCCACGAAUGGGGUAAGAGCAAACAACUUCUGAGCGAACAGCUGCAGCAUGAAAGGAAGAAGAUGAUGUCUUAUAUCGAGGAGCGCGAGAAGACAAUGACUGUGGUCCGGGACCAGUUCAAGAAGGAGCUUGAGGAGCAGGGGACAAAACUCGAGAAUCUAGUCGAGGAGAUGACCAAGUACCAGAACCUGAUGGACACCUCAGAUAACUUGCUCAAAGAUAAAGGUGUCGUGGUCGAGUAUAGCCAACGUCGAGCAGUUGCGGAGAGUCUGACGGAAGUGCUGCUCAAGAGGAGGCUGGACGAGGAGCGCUCAAUCAUCCUCGACCUAACCAAGCAGUCCGAGAUCUCGAUGAUGAAGCUGUUCAUUAUGCAUCAGCAGAACUGCAUCCAGGACCUACAGAUUCAGAAUCGUGAGCAGCGGGCCAUCAUUGAGGGGCUGAUGGGACCGGACGACACGGAGGAUGACGAACCUACAGACACCGAUCCUACUAGUACCCCAGUAAGCGUCCGGUACCCCGCAGAGCACAGGUACCCCGGAAAGAUGCCCGAUUCGAGAUGUUCUGAACAGAGGUAAGGACCAGUCCAUUAGUCUGGUCUCUGACGUGCUGUACUGCGAUCGCAGCCAAUACCUACCGGGAAUAAGCACCGACGGCGACAUCGCAACGAUUCAAGCUUACAAUCUAGGUGGGGCCGCUGAUGACGUCACAGGCGGUGCAAGUGUGGAGGUGGUGUUCGACCCACUUGACGUCGACUACGUCAGACGUCAGUGUCGUCAGGCUGAGGAAACAGAGCGACGAGUACUGGAAGAACACGUCACGGUAACGGGUGAAUGCAUACCGGACAGCGAUGACGGCCGGACUACGCCAGAAACAGAUCGCGGCGUUAUGGUGUUCCAGGACGGGGUCCAGCCCCUGAACAUAGAACCCUAUCUGAGAAAAAGGGCAGCAGAGGAGAGACUCCUGUCGUUAGCACCGCCACAUGAUGCCAUUGGUGACGGUAAUGACGUAACUGCCAGGAAAGACGUAGAUGUUCAGGACGUUGCGCUGGUGGAAUCCUGUCUUGUAAAAUAGUGAUGUCAGUGCAAACUACGCAAUAUAGCUUUGAAAGAUCACAUUUUUCACACAAACGUUUCCAUGUUUAUAACAUCAUGUUAAAUCAAAAUACGUUCUUCUAAAUGUAAAAAAAACGGAGAGGUUUUUCUGUACCCAUCACAAUCUGAACACAUUUUCUGUGAAUCAUACAUAUGUAUCGAAUGCAGUCUGUGAUAUACAAUACAAUAUUAUUUUAGACCAUUCACAUUCAUAACACUUAAAAAAUAACAAAAUAUAUCAUAUUCAUCAUCCGUGUGUUAAAAAUAUUUAAUGUAAACAUGUUAUAAGUCAUUUUAAGCGUUAGUAUGUUCGUAUGAAUGAAUACACGGACACUCGAAGCGUUUAUUUUUGCGCGGUACGAAAUGACGAUCGUUCAUGUAUUUGUAUAUCAAUUUAAAUACUGUCAAAUGCAUGCUUACUUAAUUGUUAGAAUCGCGUGAUUUUUGCUUGCUUUUGCUUUAGAUACUAAAAAGUUUUGUAAUGAGUAUCAUUUAACUAAUGUAUUGUCUAUUCAUUUGUAUUGUUAUCGCUGUAUUUGUUUAUUUAACAUAAGUGGCGAAGAACAAGACUGUGAUAUUCAUGGCACUGUGAUAUCCUCUAUAUAUAAUUUUUAAAUGUUGAUCAGGGGCUAAACAACCGUUGUAUCUGAUGAACAUUAAUUUCCUCUCAUUUUCGUGUUUUUAAUAGUAGACGCUCAUUUUAAUGAAGAUUUAUUUUUUAUAAUCAUAACAUAUUUGAUCUAAAUUGUAUUUGAAAACCAUGUACCAGUUUAUUAAAAAUGCGUUUCGUUAUUGUUUUAUAUUCAUGUUAUAUAUUAAAUUCUUAAUGUUUAUAUAUGUAUAUGUUUAUCCGUCUCUCUUUCCUUGAUAUUUCAUGGCAAAUGUUUUAUUCGUGUUAAUACAAUUUGAAGCAUUCUGUUGAAUAUCGUUAGUGUUUAAUAAAUUUUGUUCACUCCGUA